CAAUGCGAAGGGGAGGGGAAUAACAGAGCGACGUUUAAAGAAUCGACGAAGCGGAUGAAGUUGUCAUAUGCCCUCAAGGACCUGGAUGCUAAACUGGGCAAAUUAGAGUUAGCAUACACGCGUAGUACAAUAAAUAUGUUCACGAUACCGCAAAAUGAACAGAACGUCCUAACCAGUGGGUUGAGAAAUUUGCGAGUGUGCCAUUGCACAUAGCUAGAUGACAAAAACACCUUCUUACGUUGAACACUUGCCAGCUCGUUUCUCAACUGGAGGAUAUAACCAUUUAUGAAUGUGUUUUGAAACUAUUUUUUUGGGAGGAGCUGUGGGCUAUUUACAGCCAUAUCGUGAAAGUAUCGUCAAUAAACUACAGGUGCAAGGCAGAUUGUUUUGACUUGGCGCUCAUUUUUUAAUCAAGUAAAGGCUAGCAUAGUUAUACAUGCGAGAUAUUUUGCGUGAGUGACUAUUCUACAAACCACGGAGGGAAUUACAACUGUCUGGGCGCUGCUAUGGAGAAAUCUAAAAACUUUAGAAUUGAUGCUCUACUGGCGGAUGAAUCGCAGUGGAAAAGGGAGCUCUCUCCAAGACUGAACCCUGACAGCCCCGUCGUCAGCCCCGUGUCAUGCAGGCGCCCGGGGAUUCCAUCGCCUCACGGGACUCCUGGCGCCGGUCAGCUAUCGACCGAACUUGACCUCAAAUCAGGUUUGCAGAACCAUCCACGCGAAGGCCUGGCGCCUCAUGGGGCGAUGUACUCACCACAUCUGUACCCCGUAACCGCCCACGGAGACAUCCAGCAUCCAUUCUACCCAGGAUUCGCGCACCUUAUGCAGGCAACACGGGAACACCAUAUGAUAGCGGGAAUGUCUGGCUUCUUGCCGCUGGACCACUGGAUCGGCACUGGGAUGAUGCCACGCGUGCUCGAAUACAUGUCUGGUCCCCAGGCAGGGUUCAUGGGAAAGUGUCGCAGGCCUCGAACUGCCUUCACCAGUCAACAGCUCCUGGAGCUGGAGAACCAAUUCAAACUCAACAAGUACCUGUCGCGCCCCAAGCGCUUCGAGGUGGCCAGCUCUCUGAUGCUCACCGAGACCCAGGUGAAGAUCUGGUUCCAGAACCGGAGGAUGAAGUGGAAGCGUAGCCGCAAGGCUAAAGACCAGGCCGCGUCGGAGACUCUGAGCACGCACAGACAAACCCACGGACCUGGACACACUGACGAGGAAGAGGAGGAGGAGGAGGAAGAGGAGGAAGGACACGACAGGCGGCGGAAGUGUGCCAUCGCCGUGAGAGAUGUGCGCUCGCCGUCCCGCUCUCCAGACUUCCUGCGGCCCCCGGACGACCUCCGCUACUGCCCCCGCAACCCUUACUCUGAGGGGGGGAUGGGGGAGGCCAGGGGGGGCAGGAGGAUUGUGGUGGAGUUGUGAGUUCAGCUCAGUUCAGUUCAAUUUUAUUUGUAGAGUGCUUUUCACAGCACUGUCCCAAAGAUACUUUACAGAGUAACACAGAAGGGAAUAUAACACAUCAGCCCUAAGCCCCCAAAUAGCCUAUGAGGUAAACAACUCCCUAAAAACCCCCUCAAAGCUCUCAGAUGGGAAGAAAUGUUGAGAGGAACCCGGCUAUUUGGGGAUGCCCAUCCUCCACUGGCCUAUAGGUUGAGAUGGUAACAGUUCAGGUAUUACACUAGCAGGUAAUCUGGAAUGUCCUCAUAAAUGGAGCUAGAGUAUGCAGUUCUGAGGAGAGGGGGAUGAAUCUGUAGCUCCAGGAUGUGUCGAAGCAUGGGAAUGAACCAGGGAGGAGGCCCUUGGUCUUCUUAAAAGAACAGGACCAUUCACUGGAGAGAGACUGCAUUUUUGCCUCAGUUUGGAACAUUGUCAGCUGCUGGGACAUUGUGACACAGAUGACAGGAGGACCAGGACCAAAUAUAAUUUGAACUGAUUUGUUUUGUUUUUUACUUUGAACUAUACAUUUGAAAGAAAGUGGUACAUUUUCUCAUUUUAUCAAAACAAUGGUAAUAUCUAUGGUCCUGAUAUCUAUGGAACUGAAAAAAUAAAUGCAUUACUUGCUUAAAUUCACCAGAUAAACUAAAGGAGUCCUGCACAUCAGUAAUUAUCUGAAUACUGAUCAUUCACUGUAUUACCUGGGAAAGCAUACUGUGUGCUUUGAUGCAGUUCCCAUUUGUCUCCCAGUCAAAUGUCCUCGUUCCUUGUAUUAAAGUUAUUUAUAAAAAUAGAGAAAACAGAAA